GUUUCCAACAUGGCGUAGUUUUCUCGUGCUGGUGCGGCUGGUGCAAGUGUGAAAAGAAUCCAAAACAAAAAUGCAUCGCAGCAGAAUUGCAAAGUCGCAUUACAAAUAUCAUAGAAAUUGGUUGCGCAUAUGGAAGAUCCGAAAGAAGCAAAUGACACAGCGAGGGAAAGUGUACAAAGAUGCCUUCAAUGAGGCGCCGGAGAAUGUGAGGAUAUGGUGGAAUAUUGACUACGAGAAGGAUAUUUUUGAGGCGACAAAGGUGUCUGAACAAGAGAAUCGUCCAAUCAUGAUGCGAAACUUUGCAGAGACGAUCAACUUCCGGGAGCAGAGAUCUUAUCUGCUGGCAUUAAUGAGACACAUCUCAGCUCAUGAGAGCCUGAGCAGGAAUGCCCUCCACUUGGGAGUGUACUUGAUGGAUAUGUUCGUGGACAAGUACAACAUUCCGCACCACGCUCUGAAAUUCAUUGCUGGAGUUUGCCUCAUUCUGGCGGCAAAGAUGGAGGAUAGAGAUUCGUUAAUACCAACAAUUCCUGACUUCGAUAAGUACCUCGGCCUCAAGAAUCCCACCAGCAUCUCGAGCUAUGCUCAGGCGGAGUUUGCGAUUAUGCGAAUGAUGAAUUUCAAGCUGGUCAUUCCCACAGCGGUUACAUUUGUGGAUUACUUCGCUUGUGCUCUAGUCACGGGCCAAGAUUUUGACGAACAGAAGGUUUCAUCUGGAUUCACCGCUUUCACUAAAUACCUCGAGAAUGCCAACUUACUGCUGAUCCAACUCCUGGACGCCACACUGGAGGAUGUCUGGCUGGUCCAAGAGAUUCCGUCGAGAAUUGCCGCUGCGUGCAUCCUUGCUGUGCGCACAAUUCUCAAUCUGUCCGACAUCUGGACGCCGCUGCUGGCGGAAAUCACCCAGUAUAGGAUGACUGAUCUUAUCCAGUGCGCCUCAAAGAUCAUCUCCCUCUAUGAAGUACCUCAGGUGUCCUCUGAUGACGUCAUCUACUCUUCGGAUUCCGCAUACUUCUCCACAUCGGAAUCCCCGGAUCCUGUGAGCGAUCCUCUUUCGUUCGAAAUGUCCGACGUGGACCAAUCAAACAUUUCAUCUUGCAUUUCCGUUGAUCUGGACGGCACCAGUGAUGAAUCUAUGUCUGUAGAUGAGUAGGCAAGAGUCUUAUCUGUUCCAUAUGAUGUAAAUUAUGUGAAAAUUCGUGAAUUACACAUUACUCGUUCAAUAAAAGGCG